CAUUUAGAUAGCGUUCGAGCUAGUGAACUCACUCGCACGCUUAUUAGUAGCUGUUAUUCAUUGUUCUGCUUCUGCCAACGCAGUUGUUAAGUUGUUUAGUCAUUGCGCCAUAGUCGCAUUGAUUGCACGUCACUUUCGUCUGCGCCUGCGUCUAAAAAUCAGACGAUUAUUAUGGCGCGAUCGGUCGUUGUCGCGAUGAUAGUCCUCAUUGGACUAUCUGUAGCAUCAACUGAUGUUUUGCAUUCUCUGUCUGAUAAAUUCAUUAAUCUCAUCAACACAAAACAAAAUCUGUGGAAGGCUGGCCGUAAUUUCCCGGAAAAUACAUCGAUCAAAUAUAUCAGGAAAUUGAUGGGUGUUUUGCCGGAUAACCAAUUUACGAAACUGCCUACGGUGACACAUGAUGCCAAAUUAGUAGAGUCACUUCCUGAGAACUUCGACCCAAGAGAUAAGUGGCCAAAUUGUCCUACUUUAAACCAAAUUAGAGACCAAGGGUCCUGUGGGAGCUGCUGGGCUUUCGGUGCAGUUGAAGCUAUGACGGACAGAGUUUGCACCUAUUCGAACGGAACUCAACACUUCCAUUUCUCAGCUGAAGAUCUAUUGAGUUGUUGUCCAAUCUGCGGGCUUGGUUGCAACGGUGGAAUUCCAAGACUCGCUUGGGAGUACUACAAACAUUUCGGUAUUGUGUCUGGAGGGAGUUACAAUUCAAGUCAAGGAUGCAGACCGUAUGAAAUCGCACCGUGUGAACAUCAUGUACCUGGCAAUAGAUUGCCUUGCUCUGGUGAUUCCAAAACACCAAAAUGCAUAAAAACCUGCGAAUCAAAUUACAAUGUACAAUACAAAAAAGAUAAGCGGUACGCUAAACAUGUUUAUUCCAUAAGUGGAGGAGAAGAACAUAUUAAAGCUGAAUUAUAUAAAAAUGGGCCAGUUGAAGGCGCUUUUACUGUAUACGCUGAUUUGCUUGCGUACAAAGAUGGUGUAUAUAAACAUGUAGAGGGCCAAGCUCUUGGGGGUCAUGCCAUAAAAAUUAUUGGUUGGGGAGUGGAGAAUGGAACCAAAUACUGGCUUAUUGCAAACUCAUGGAAUUCCGAUUGGGGAAAUAAUGGCUUCUUUAAGAUCCUUCGAGGUGAAGACCACUGCGGCAUUGAAAGCUCUAUAAUGGCUGGUGAACCAUUAUUAGUUAAUAACUAGUCUUAGACGUAGAUGAAUUGAGUUCUAUGUAAAAAAAUAGGUGCAUAUCUAUAUAUAUAUACAUAUAAUAAAUAAGUAACAUUAUA